UUGCCCCAAAAGUAACUGAUCCCCUUGUCAAUAUGUUGAAUGUAGAUAGUGGCCAUUAUUUUGACCACCGGGAUUCGAUGAGCGGGCCAGCCUGAAUUUGGGCCAGGUGGCCAGAUCUCUCGUGUGUGUGCCACCGAUCACCUCUUCUAUCAUUCCCCAUGGUGGUGCUUCUAUAUGAGUAGUGCAAGUCUUUCUGGGAUUCCCUUUUGAAUUGUGCCUGGGAGGCAGAGUGUAAAUUGUCAAAUAAGCAGUUUUGUAAAGAGUUUUGUAGUUUCUUAGUGGCCAUCUGCCACUGGUUAAGUUUUGGAAAUGCUGUCCCCUUUUGUCUUCUUUUGAAUGCUAUAAUAAAACUCAAACAGUAGCUUGGUUUGAAUUUUGCGCCAAAAUCAUGAGGGGAAGAUCAGAUGGAGUCCAAAAGAAGCGAUUGGUUGCUUCCUUGUGCCUUGUUGGGAUUUUUCUUGCUUUUUUAUUUGUAUAUUAUGGGUCCUUUUUUGGCUCUCAACAUGGUGGAUCAGCCAUGGAUUAUGGUAAAACUUUGAGAAAACUUGGGUCAUCCUAUUUGGGUGGUGACGAAGACGCUGAGCUUGGUGGAAAGCAAGAUGACUCGUCCGCCAAGUUUGGACUGGAAGAUGGAGAUGAUGAUCUUGUGCCAAAAAGCUUUCCGGUUUGUGAUGAACGGCAUUCUGAGUUAAUUCCCUGCCUAGACAGAAAUCUUAUAUACCAACUGAGGUUGAAGCUGGAUUUGUCUUUGAUGGAGCACUAUGAAAGGCACUGCCCUCCACCUGAAAGGCGCUACAAUUGCCUGAUCCCUCCACCACCAGGCUACAAGGUUCCGAUUAAGUGGCCAAGGAGCAGAGAUGAAGUAUGGAAAGCAAAUAUACCUCACACUCACCUUGCACAUGAGAAAUCUGACCAGAAUUGGAUGGUAGUCAAAGGUGAACGGAUUAUAUUUCCUGGGGGAGGCACGCAUUUUCACUAUGGAGCUGAUAAAUAUAUCAAGUCGCUUGCAAAUAUGCUCAAUUUCACAAACAGUAAUUUAAACAAUGAGGGGAGGAUCCGAACGGUUCUUGAUGUAGGCUGUGGAGUUGCAAGCUUUGGAGCUUAUCUCCUAUCAUCUGACAUAAUCGCUAUGUCUUUAGCACCGAAUGAUGUACAUCAAAACCAGAUCCAGUUUGCCCUGGAAAGGGGCAUUCCUGCAUUUCUCGGGGUGUUGGGGACAAAGAGGCUUCCUUACCCUAGCAGAUCUUUUGAGCUUGCUCAUUGUUCUCGUUGUAGGAUUGAUUGGCUACAAAGGGAUGGGAUUCUUUUGCUUGAGUUAGAUAGAGUGCUUAGACCAGGAGGCUAUUUUGCCUACUCGUCUCCUGAAGCAUAUGCACAGGAUGAAGAAUAUCUCCGUAUAUGGAGAGAGAUGAGUGCCCUUGUUGAACGCAUGUGCUGGAAAAUUGCUGCGAAAAGAAAUCAAACGGUGAUUUGGGUCAAACCUCUGACAAAUGACUGUUACAUGGAGAGAGAGCCUGGUACUCAACCUCCUCUGUGCAGAUCUGAUGAUGAUCCAGAUGCUGUGUGGGGUGUGCCAAUGGAAGCUUGCAUCACUCCUUACUCUCAACAGAACCAGAGAGCCAGAGGGAGUGGAUUGGUUCCUUGGCCGGCUCGAUUGACUGCUGGUCCUCCUCGUCUGGCCGAUUUUGAUUAUACCAAUGAUAUGUUUGAAAAGGACACGGAUAUUUGGCAACGGAGGGUAAAGAGUUACUGGAAUCUGUUGCAGCCAAAGAUUGAGCUGGACACUCUAAGGAACGUGAUGGACAUGAAGGCAAACUUAGGAUCAUUUGCAGCUGCCCUCAGAGAUAAAAAUGUUUGGGUGAUGAAUGUAGUGCCAGAAGAUGGACCAAACACACUCAAGAUAAUAUAUGACAGAGGCCUGAUAGGCACUGUCCAUGACUGGUGUGAAGCCUUCUCGACAUACCCCCGAACAUAUGAUCUCCUCCAUGCUUGGACUGUCUUCUCGGACAUUGAGAAGAAAGGCUGCAGUGGCGAGGACCUGCUAAUCGAGAUGGACCGCAUACUCAGGCCGACUGGUUUUGUGAUCAUCCGUGACAAGCGGCCAGCUGUGGAGUUUGUCAAGAAGUAUUUGACAGCGUUGCACUGGGAACUGGUGGCGUUGGCAGAUGCUGAUGGAUCAGAAAUGGAUGGGGAUGAGAAGGUGUUUGUGAUCCAAAAGAAGUUGUGGAUCCCGAGUGGAGACCACAAGGAUUCGAUCUAAAGGUCAUGCUGUUUUCUUUGGCUGGGAUUGUUUCCUUCUCAGCAAAAAGGCCUAGGAAGGCGGGCCCAGGUGCUUGAGUUUUAUUUAUUUUUCUUAAUUUUCCACGCCCUAUUUAUCUAGGCGUCAGCAAUUGUCUGUGGCAUUUUAGAUAAUUAUAUUUCUGUGUAUUCUCCUCCACUAAUUUUGGUAUUUUAGAUAUUCCUUUUUUUGUUU